CGGCAGUCAGUGACGUGCUGGGGUCAGGGUUCAGGCCGCAGCUUCUUUGUGCCCGCGUUGCCGCCGCCAUUUCUCUCCCGCCUCCCCGAGUCCCGAGUCCCGGCCCCGACCCGACCUCCCCGCCCAGGCCCUCCCCGCCCGGACCUGGAACAGGAACAUCUCUGAUUCACCGGAGAGAGCGUCAGACUCCACCCAUUUCGAUUCAUCGACAUGGACCCUGGUGUUGAAGGAGGACUCAACGUCACCCUGACUCUCAGGCUGCUGAUGCACGGGAAGGAAGUGGGAAGUAUCAUUGGGAAGAAAGGAGAGACCGUGAAGAAGAUGCGAGAGGAGAGCGGAGCACGAAUUAAUAUCUCUGAGGGAAACUGCCCCGAGCGGAUUGUCACUUUGUCUGGCCCUACCAGUGCCAUCUUCAAGGCAUUCACCAUGAUCACUCACAAGCUGGAAGAGGAUAUCAACAGUGGCAUGGCGAACAGCACUGCCUCCAGCCAGCCUCCAGUCACCCUGCGCAUUGUGAUCCCAGCCAGCCAGUGUGGAUCGCUAAUUGGCAAAGGUGGAUGCAAGAUUAAGGAAAUCCGUGAGUCAACUGGAGCCCAGGUCCAGGUGGCUGGCGACAUGCUGCCCAACUCAACCGAGAGAGCGAUCACCAUUGCCGGGACCCCACCAUCUAUCAUCGAGUGCGCCAAGCAGAUCUGUCUGGUGAUCCUGGAGCAAUCUCCACCGAAGGGUAUAACCGUGCCGUACCGGCCCAAGCCUGUCUCAGCUCCCGUCAUCUUUGCUGGCGGGCAGGCUUACACCAUUCAGGGACAGUUUGCCAUUCCACAUCCUGAUCUCACCAAGCUCCACCAGUUGGCCAUGCAGCAGACACCUUUCACACCGGUGGGACAAACCAGCCCAGGAUAUUCUGGUCUGGACUCCUCUCAAACCAGUUCUCAUGAAAUUGCCAUUCCCAACGAUCUGAUUGGAUGCAUCAUUGGACGACAAGGCAGCAAGAUCAACGAAAUCCGGCAGAUGUCUGGGGCACAGAUCAAGAUCUCCAACCCUGCUGAGGGUUCAACUGACCGACAAAUCACCAUUACUGGUUCACCCGCCAACAUCAGCCUGGCCCAGUACCUUAUUAAUGCAAGUUUAGAGAAUUCUAAACCCACCAGCCAGAAACCCUCGGCUGCCCCCCUUGGUCUGGACACUCCCGUGGGUGAGGCCCCCAGUCCUGGACCCCCUCAAGAGCCUGCGGAGAGCCUGCCCCAGCCCCUCCCCGAACCCCUUAGCCCCCAGGCUGAGCCGCACCAGCCCCUUAGGGCAGUGGGCUCCUCGAAAGGGGGAGAGGAAGGGACGUCGGCCUCUGUGCUACAGAAGGGGGGUAAGGUCCGUUUCUCCCCUUACUGACACACCCCCACCCCCAGACAUGGAAAGGUGGUGGGGGGCGCGCAUGCAGACCCUUCAGCUCAUUGGGUCUGUGGCUUGAAGGCGGUCCCUCAUUAAAGCACUUCAAAGUGCCGAUUUUCGAGUGUAUCGUUGCGAGCUCCUGCAGGCGUGCAGGA